CAAUGUUUUCUUUUACUAAUACAUAAUGUUUUUAUUUUUCCAGAUAUAUGAUGUGGUUCGUAAAGAGAUUUGGUAUAGACCGGACAUGUUCUUUUACAGGGACAUGCUUAUGAUGCUUGCAAGAAACAAAAAGGUGGAUGAAACAAAGAAGGUUUGGGGAGAUCUGAAGAGAGAGGAAGUUCUAUUUGAUCAACAUACUUUCGGGGACAUCAUGAGGGCUUUCCUAGAUAGUGGUUUGCCCUUAGAGGCAAAGGAGAUAUAUGGUGAAAUGACACAAUCACCUGAUCCUCCAAUCUCACUGCCGUUUAGGGUAAUAUUGAAGGGCCUCCUCCCGUACCCAGAACUGAGGGAGAAGGUGAAAGAUGACUUCUUGGAGCUAUUUCCUGAUAUGAUCGUCUAUGACCCACCUGAAGACUUAUUUGAAGACAAAGAAUGGAAAAGAGAGAGUGAAGAUGAUGACUAAAUAAUACUGCAAGGCAUGAUGCAAUGACACACCCCGUCCCGAAGGAGGGCAUGCUGGCCGUCACGUGAGAGUGACGUAACCAUUUGCAC